UCGAGUACGAUAAAGCGACUCUCUUGCAGUGAGAAUCCAGGGAUAAGCGAAAAUAAAUACACCAUCCACAGAGCCCUGAUAAUUUCAGCGAACAACCCGAUUUUCGAAGUGAUGGCAGGCCCGUAUCUAUCACCUUUGGGUCCUCAGGCAGACCUCCUAACCGAAUACAUGUUUGGAAGACGUCGUCAGAGACGCAAUCGGACAACUUUCACUCCACAGCAGCUUCAAGAAUUGGAAUCCCUCUUCCAGAAGACCCACUAUCCGGAUGUUUUCUUGAGAGAGGAAGUUGCUCUUAGAAUUUCGCUUUCAGAAGCUCGUGUCCAGGUUUGGUUUCAAAAUCGUCGAGCAAAAUGGCGGAAACAGGCACGACUGCAAUUGUUACAAGACGCCUGGAGGAUGCGAUGUUUAGGAUUAGGAAGUGCGGCACCUCUUCUUCUACGACCGCCACCGACGACAUCCUUAGAACGGCCUGAUGCAGCGUCGCCGGUACCACCGCCGCCGCCACCACCUCCACCACCUCCGCCAUCAACCUCUGCUACCACGAACGGCUCACCUCUGGCAUCGAUCAGUGCUAAUAAAAUGUCUGACACUCCGGCUUUGUCCGUUUGCAGGGAUUACAGGAUUCUUCCACCUCCUCAUGGAUAUUCGUUGUCCUGUGAGAAGUCUCCGGAUAGAAUGAAAUGUGGUUGUGGUUCUCCGCCAAGGAUAUGCGGUAGUCCAGUGGAAAGGGACACGAGCCUACCUAUGAGAGACAGGCCUCAAGAGGCAGAGAUGGAUCUUACAGUGAAAGGCACACCUCGGCACACGCCAAUUUCAACUUUAUUCUGUCAGUUGCCUCAACAACAAGAGUUCAGUCCAUCGCAAAAUGUUGACGAACCUUUGGAUGUUACACUCAACACUAACAAAAAUAAUUAGUUGUUUCAUCCCUUUGUAUUAUUUAUUUAUUUGCUUCUGAUCGUACUAUGAUUUUCAUUCGAAAGGUUAAAUAUAAAAUCAAUUAUUAAAGAAACUUUUCUCCAAAAGGUAUGUUACUAACAUUUGAAAUAAAACAUGUACUUACAAUGAGAAGUAUAGAUAAAUAGUUUGAAAUUGAAUAGUACUUUCACUGUACACUUAUGACAUAAUUAUUUGACGAAUUCAUACUCUUAGCACUUAACGAUACUUAAUGUACCAUAUCAGAUAAGGGUAGUUAAUUACUUGAGAAUAAAACUUUCGAUAGUUUCUUGCGCAACUUUUACUCUCAAGUAAUACAUACCCUAAUACCUUAAUUUUACUAAAAAAAAUUCAUGACGUUUUAAGUACGGAUGUGGUUAAUUAAUCAUAACGUACUCUGUUGUUUUGAGGAUGGAUGCGAAGACGUUAUUUAAAUGACAUUUACAUUAGGCAAUUUUGUAUCUUAAAUCAUACAAAUUUUGUGGCUGAGAUACAUGUCCUCGAGUCCCUUCAGGUCGAAUACUUUUACCAAAACUCUGUGUAUUGAAUGAGGCAUCUUAUGAUGUAAGUAUGACAUCGGGUUCCACCAGCUUGGCGUUUUAUGAUGUCAGCCGAGUGAACAUUAUCAGUGCUACCGAUUAAUGUACAUGGUACUGGAAGAGUAUAAAAUACGACAAUGUAUAUAGUACCAAAAUCAAGCGAAUAAGAGUUGCCUAAUAUAAACGCCAUUUUAAUUUAUUUAGCAAAAUUGGACUUCGUUUGAGUGUCUGGUUUCAUUUGUUCCAUAGACGUAAAAACUUUUAGA